UGAGUCAGGGUCAGGGAUACACCAACCAUGAUUUUUAAUUUUUUCCAUUGUUUGUUGUGAAGCAUUGGUGGAUGGGUGAACCGGUUGCUGUUGAGCAUUUUUGGAUGGGUGAACCGGAUAUGGUGACGACUAAAGUGUGCAGGUAUGAGAUUUUUUUUAUUUUUCUAAGCAUUUUUCAGCCCUUGGUUUACAAUAUAUGGUUCUUAAUCAGAAAGAACAGCAUUAUUUGGCCUUUCCUGAUAGACACAUGUUUAAUGGCGGUUCAUAAGAAAGUCCCAGCCAUGUUUGGAUCGAGACCUUGGGCAUAAUGGAAGUUGUAAAAAGAAAUCCUGACACUUUUUGACAGUGCUUUGCAUCUGCUACAGGUAUAUUCCUACAUACUGUGUCCUAAGGCAUUUCUAAAUCCAAAUUCUGUAGAUAUAUAGUGUUAAUCACACUUCACAGAUCUCUGCCAGUAAAAUUUAGCAUGUGCUGUGCUUUCAGAGCCUAGGGCACAAUCCCACUACAGUAAUGCGACGAGCGGGUUCGGUAGGUGGCAGUGGUGUCCUUUUUGCUCGAGAGUGGUCCAGUCCUACAUAUUCACAGCAUCUAAACCUCUGUUCUUCCUUCACGUCUCGCACUCAUUUGAAAACGAUUUUGACACAUUACAAAAGGCACUAAGUCAUAACACUUUUGCAGAAAUGUUUGGAUUUCCAAUUUAGUGCAUGUCAUGUCGGAGCUGCGCAACUUGAAAGUAAGCAACACGUCGAUUGAGGGAGGAGAAAAGAAACAACGUUUGCUGUUCUUCUCCUGAUUCAGCAGCAGUGACUGAGGCGCACUUUGUCAGAGGGAGGUAACCCACAUGACUGCUUAUCAAUUCUACGCCUGUCCGCUGUGCUGCACCGUCCGGAACACGCUCUGAGAUGCUCCACAACAUCGUUUCAUGCGGGUCUCCAUGCGCGUAUACCGCAAGCCGGAUCCCGUGGUCAUUAAAAACGAAGCGUUCGCAGCUCAGGCAGGAGGAGAAGGACGGAGAGAAGGACGCUUGAAUGAGAAGCACUCAGCGUCAUCUGUGUCCGUGGAUGUGGAUCUCCUCAGUGGAUAGGUGAGACUUGAUUUUGAGAGAUUUACGCACGCGUGGCGCAGAAGUGAAGCUGUCUUCAGUGACUGUGGUCCAGUCUGCCCACGAUGAUAUCAAUGCACGGAGGAGACAUGGGAAUUUAAGAUUUAGGAGCAACGAUUUACGCCGUAUGUAAAAUGCUAUAAAAGGCUCCUCUUGUGGAUGGUCGUUGGAUUUUCCACCUCCUUUUUUGUGUGGUCGUUUAUAAAUAUUACGCAUGGUUUCAUGGUUAUGGAUGAAGGACACUAAUGGGCAACAGAUUAAUUUAUUUGGUUUAAAUUGUUCUUCAGCAUGAUGUUACAACGCUCACUCUCCUUUUCAGACUUUUCUGCGCAUACAUAAAUCGUGUGGGGAGACAAACUAAACCCAGACUGACUUGCGAUUGAAUCUAAUCAAAUUCUGUUGGAUUGACGGCUUAACAGUAUAACAGAGACUUGUUGAGAAGUGGGAUUUCUUAAAGUGAGAGAAAAAAUGGCAUCUAUGUAUGGAAGCUGAUUUGGUGAGUAAUUCCCCUCCCAAAUCUGGAAGCGCAACUAUUAGUCAUGAGGUGGAGAUUCAACUGUAAUAUAUUUUGUACAUUUAUAAUACUGAAGGAAUAAAAUGUGAACAAUAUGUCCCAAAAUCAGGAGAAACGUGGGACGUUUUGGUCGAGCAGUUGCAGCAAUGGCACUUGUGGGUUCCCUCAACGCUAAGAGCGUCGUGGAAAAGGGCAAUAUCGGAUAUAUCACCAUCAUUUUGAGAGUUACUUCCAGCUCUGGAGUGAUGGAUGGAUGGUUAUUGCUCUAAAAGUGGGGCUAAAAAGCCUCGGAUUGUGCAAGCUCGCCUGAGAAUUGCGGAUUUUUUUUUUUUUUUUUUGGUUGAUGCAGUUUUUUGUGCUUUGACCAAAAGACGGACACAGAAAAAAUCCCAUCCUGCAGGAUAACUGUCUACAUGAACAAGGCCAAUAUUAUGUUGAAUUGGAGGUUUAAAUGAGAAUGACCGGAGUCCCCCUGGACAGUAAUUGACUUGGCAGUUGCCCCCAUCCUCUCUUCUGCAAGUGGAAGACCAGUCAAUGAAUUAUGAAUGUUAAACAAAAUGACCUCCUCUCAGCAGCAGAUGAUGCGAGGUCCUAGGUGGAACCGGGCCUUGUCCAACCCUCUGUUUGUGCUACUCCUGGCCUUACAGCUUCUGGUAGUUGCGGGUCUGGUGCGUGCUCAAACAUGCCCAUCCGUCUGCUCCUGUAGUAAUCAGUUCAGCAAAGUCAUCUGCACACGGAGGGGCUUACGAGAGGUCCCUGAUGGUAUUUCUACUAACACACGCUACCUAAAUCUCCAAGAAAAUCUCAUCCAGGUCAUUAAAGUGGACAGCUUCAAGCACCUAAGACAUUUGGAGAUCCUGCAGCUGAGUAAAAACCACAUACGCAAAAUUGAGCUUGGGGCCUUCAAUGGACUUGCAAGCCUCAAUACCCUGGAGCUUUUUGAUAACCGCCUCACCACAAUCCCAAAUGGGGCAUUUGAAUACCUCUCCAAACUAAAGGAGUUAUGGUUGAGGAAUAAUCCCAUAGAGAGCAUUCCCUCCUAUGCUUUCAACAGGGUGCCCUCAUUACGAAGACUGGACCUUGGGGAGCUUAAAAGGCUAUCCUACAUAUCCGAGGGAGCCUUCGAAGGGCUGAGCAAUCUUCGCUACUUAAAUCUGGGAAUGUGCAAUUUGAAGGAAAUUCCCAACCUUAUUCCCCUUGUGAAGCUGGAUGAACUGGAGAUGUCAGGAAACCAGCUGUCUGUUGUCCGGCCUGGCUCAUUUAAGGGGCUCAUUCAUCUUCAGAAGCUAUGGAUGAUGCAUGCUCAGAUCCAGACUAUUGAGAGAAACUCAUUUGAUGAUCUCCAGUCACUAGUGGAGCUUAAUUUAGCGCACAACAACCUGACUCUCUUGCCCCAUGAUCUAUUCACACCUUUGCAUCAUCUUGAGAGGGUGCACCUGCACCACAACCCUUGGAAUUGUAACUGUGACAUUCUCUGGCUGAGUUGGUGGCUUAAGGAGAUGGUACCAGCAAAUACCAGCUGCUGCGCCCGUUGCAGCACCCCAAUUCACCACAAAGGACGCUACAUUGGAGAACUUGACCAAAACUACUUUCACUGUUAUGCUCCCGUUAUUGUGGAGCCCCCAGCUGACUUAAAUGUGACAGAGGGGAGCGCUGCAGAGCUGAAAUGUCGAGCCAGCUCUUUGACUUCUGUGAGCUGGAUUACACCCAAUGGUUCCAUCAUGACACAUGGUGCUUACAAGAUCAGAAUCUCAGUGCUAAAUGAUGGCACUCUAAACUUUACCAAUGUUACAUUGCAAGACACAGGUACAUAUACAUGUAUGGUCAGUAAUUCAGCAGGUAACACAACAGCGUCUGCAACACUGAACGUGUCUUCAACUGAGAACAGCAGCUUCAGCUAUUUCACCACAGUAACUGUAGAGACGAUAGAAACACCACAUAAUGAAGGCUUUACCACAAUUGUGCAACAAAAGGUAGGCUCCACUCCCUCAGCUCAUACAUGGAAGUCUGCAUCACCUAUUUCCACAACUACCACCACAGUGCAGACCCCUCUCUCUACUCGAGCCACGGAGAAGGCUUACACAAUCCCUGUCACUGAAUUUGGUGGGGAAGGCUCUUUAAAUGGCUUGGAUGAGGUCAUGAAGACAACCAAGAUUAUAAUUGGAUGUUUCGUUGCAAUCACACUCAUGGCAGCUGUCAUGUUGAUCAUCUUUUACAAGAUGCGGAAACAACACCACCAGCAGAACCACCAUGCGCCCACACGCACCAUUGAGAUCAUUAACGUGGAUGAGGACUGCGUAACAGGAGGACCAGGCAUGGAGGGUCACCUGACUUUGCCUCCUCUUGAACAUGAGCACCUUAAUCAUUAUAACACAUAUAAAUCGGCAUACAACCAUGCCUCAACUAUCAACUCCAUACACAGCUCAGCGCAUGAACCUUUGUUAAUCCGGGCAAAUUCAAAAGACAAUGUACAAGAGACCCAAAUCUAAGCUUUCUUUUCGUAGAGAAUGGCGUUAGAGCAAGACUCAAACAUGAAUGAACCACAGUGUGUUUGGCAUAUCAGAGAUUGGUGACUUCAUUUAAGGACAUUGGUAACUAAGGAUUUGUCUGUUCCAAAAAUUGUCUUUAAAAGUUAUUUAUUUUAGAACAAAGACUAUUGUUGUCAAAUCAAUGGAGAAAUAUCCCCCCCUGUUUACCCCCAACAAUUAAUCCACCCACCCCCCUUUUUCUCCUGGUAUUGGUUGACUGCUUUUUAGACUAUAUUUGGUGGCAGUAGGUCAAAAGGAAAUGACAUAAGAAAAUUGUUUAUAUUUGGUAAACUGUAAACUUGUUUUCCCAAUCAAUAUAGAGCACAUGACAUUUUUCUCCAGUGGUGGAGUAAGUGGUGAAUGUGUUGUGACCAUCCGAGAACUGGAUGAAAUAAAUAUUGAGUUACCUUCUAUUGCAAAGUGUUCAGCAGAAUUCUCAGAAAUGAUAUUUGAUUAUACUGUCUUCAAUUAGCAACAUGUCACACAUUACAGGGUGACCCAAAAAAAAAAAGUUUACACUGCCAUAAUACAACUUAAAUGCCAUGUUUAUUCAGUUUAGAAUUAGAAUGUAUUCACAAAUUAUACAUUAUUGUAAAGAACAUGUACAGUACACUCUAUUUUUCAAUGUGUCCUCCCUUAAGUGUCACAACAGCCUCCAGGCGCCUGCAGAACGCUUGACAGGUCUUCUUUAUGUAGGAUGCUGUCAUCUUUUCCCAAGAUCUAACAAUGGACCUCUCCAAGGCUGCCACAGAAGUUUGUGGCUUCUUACAGGCACUGUCCUCCACAGUUGCCCAUAUGCUAUAAUCCAGGUGAUUGAGAUCUGGACUCUGGGGUAGCCACAUAUCACCUUCUCAAUCAACUUUUUGGUCCGCACAGAUCGGCACUUCCAGACCCAGGUUUUCGUGAGGCUGUUCCAGUAUCUUUCAGCUUCUUUUUAACUUUGUAGACUGCACAUCUGGAUAUUCUCAGAUUUGCUGCAAUCUCAGUAGGUGUCAGACCAGCACGCAGCAAUUCAGGUACAGCUAAAGUUUUCUUCAUUUUCAGCAGAAGCACAGGAAUUGUAGAGACGAGAGAUUACCAGCUGCAUUGAGUGACCUUAAUGAAUCACUUAAGCAUGACAACCUAUUUAGAUAUGUUUCAAUGGCUUUUAAACAAGCAGUCAACUGAGUGUAAACUUUUUUUUGGGUCACCCUGUACCUUAAAAAAAAUGUCUAGGAUGACAAAUUGAUGAUGAAGCAUUACAUGUAGUGAUGAUGACAAACAUUUACCGUAAUUUCUAGACCAUGGAGUGCACCUAACUAUAAACUGUACCACUCAUAUCUCACAAUAUUACGCCGCGCCUGUGUAGAAGCCACAGGUGUUCAUGUCUUAAUAUGAGAUUUAUGUAAAGAUAUGUUACCCAGAAAUAUCUGACUGAUCGCUGUGUUGCAUCACCCUCAUUCAUAUGCAGCGGCUUGUCACUUGAGGGAGUCAGACACCACAAGUCACACUUGUGUUCUCUGCGGCAGUCCAAAACCUUAAAAAAAAAUACUAACUUUAAAAACUAGGUCACUAUAUUUGCAUAUACAGUAAUAAUCUAAUACAGUGGCACCUCUACAUACGAAGUUAAUCCGUUCCAGGACCUUCUUUGUAAGUCAAAAUGGUCGUAUGUCGAGCAGGAUUUUCCCAUAGGAAUACGUUAAAAUUCCAUCAAUCCGUUCCACAGCCCAAAAACCUACAUUAUAUCCUUAAUAAAUACUGCUGGUACUAUUACAAAUGGCAAUUACACAUACCAAAAACAAAUACAUUAUAAAUAAAUAUCGAAUAAUACAAUGAAAAUAAUAAUAAUAAUAAUACCUGUAUUAAUGUAACGAAUCGGGUUCUAAUGUGGCGGCCAUUUUUUACUGUACCUGAAUGCACCGCGGGGCUGACGUUCCAGAGACAGAGAGCGGUGAGCUCAAGAGUUUCACUUUCAAUGUUUUCUUGAGAGCACUGUCAAUUGCCACACACAGUAGGCGUUUUGUGUUGAAUAAGUUGUGAAACAAAUGAUAAAAAUGUGGCGAAGCUGGCGAUUUCUUCGGAGAUGUUAGCACAAUAAGAAUUGUCAGCUAACUUAUAAAGACUGGCUAACGAUCGUCGAAGGAGGACCGUGGAGUUUUUAUUGAGCCAUUUCACUGAUGCCCACCCCACGCUCAUCAUUUUUUUUACAAUUUGCAUCUUCAUUUGGAAGGUAAGCAUCAACCUUUUCCUUGUUUUACCAUCUGUACCAACCUUUUCUGAACCUGUGUUGAUUUCUCACACAAGAAAAGCCGCCGUGCAUUAGUCUGCAGUGUUGCCAUGUCAUCAUAUUUUGAGCAUGUCGUCGGAUGUAGAAAACAAAUGGCAAGUCAAAGCGAUCGUAUGUCGAGGUACCAAUGUAUCUGAUACAUGAUACAGUCUGGGCUAAUGGCUAGUAUAUCGCAAUGGCUAAUGCUAGCAUAGCAACUUUGUUAUGGGGAAUUCAAGAGUGUUGUUAAUGUGGAACACUCGCCCCAGUCGUUAGAGAUUUUGAAGUCACCCAAGUGGCAACAUCACUAUGAUGUGCCGGGCAGUGGUGUUAAAUGAAAAGAAAGCGAAAAUAUGACACUUGUUUGUCCCAAAAAAUCCAUUAUUAAGCCACUUUUUAUAAAAGCCGCAAAGUAAGCCCUACAAGCGGAGAGAAAAGGUAGUGGCUUAUAGUCUGAAAAAUACGGUAAUUUUUCCUCAUCACUUUUUACUAAUGCAAUGUGUAUCAUUAGCAUUCUUCCCAAAUUGUUUCUCAAUUUAUCAAGUUCAAAAAGCCUAUUAAGAUCUCAUAAUGGAAGAAUACUGACAAAGAAGUGGACUGAAAAUAACCAACAUUUCAUUCUUUUCCAUACUGAAAUCCAUGUUUCCAAGCGUCCUAAGCUAACUUUUUAAAGCAUGUACCCCUUAUCUCAUCUUUAGGGCUGUGGGACUGCAUGCUCUCAGCUAAACUGGUAUUCUUAAACCCUUUAUACAGCUGUCUCAGCACAUUAUCUGUAAUCCAUGUGUCACAUUUGCACAUGGACAGUGCCUAGCAGCUCCAAAUACUGCACACACCCCACCCAUUUUGUCACUAAAUGUAGGGACGUAGGCAUCAACCAGAUGUUAACGUUAUACCUGCCUUACUCCCACAGCUCAGUUUACUUUUUAACUUAUAUGGCCAUGGGCAAAGCUCUCCAAGUAUGAAUUUUCAGGAAGCAUUCCAAAAAGCCCAACAUGAAAAACACUGCUAAGCCCCAUAACAUCAGUAUUUCUCAAUCAGUAAAGCUGAUAGCUUGUGGUACUGUGUAUUCAACUUUGUGUAUAAUUGCCUGCACCACUCCACAAAUUUCAGUCAAGCUUGAUCCCCACCCCUCAAAUUUUAGCAAAAAAAUACCCUAAUUUUACCUUUACUCCAUUUUACCCCCUUUUUGUGGUAAUUUUAGCAAUACAAAGUCCAUGUCUCAUGGUCUGUGCAACAUUUACUUUCGAUUUGAAAUGGCCCAUACUGCAUUUGAGUACACUAGAAAGUACUGGAGGGUUUUAACGAUAGAGGUUUUACUUCACUAAACCACCACAGUCAAAACAAAGCAAUCACACAGAACUUAUCCUGCUCAACGUAUGUGCACACAUCAUAGAUAAAUCACUGGCUGAUUGAUCAAUGCCGUGAACAAGCCAGAAUGCUUGAUUUUUUUUUUGUGUGUGUUUGUUUGUUUUUUUCAGUUUACUUGAAACAGAUUCCCCCUCCGAUACAUUGACAUUUAAUUUUUCCCCGUUUUAUUUCCAUUUACUUUAAUCGAAAUCACAUUAUUCAAGUCAUUUACAAUAGAUAGAGAUAAAAAAAAUAUUGUUUUUUUUUUGUACAUGGAAAAACUGAGCACAACUGAGCAUUUAACCUAGGUUGUUAGGGAAAAAAACAAAAACAAUUUUAAAAAAACUUUACACCUUACGUUAGGUUGUAGGAAAUUACAAAAAUAUUUUCAACAAGUAAUAUAUUGUGUACUUUCUAUUAGAAGAUUGUCAUUUUGCCAUUACGUCAUAAUGAUAACCACAUAAAAUCUGAAAUGAUCAUCUAAAAUUCUCUGACAUUAAGACAUGACACUUUUUUUUAAGAUUAUUGAAGGGAUCCUGUUUCAGACCUCAUUUACCAUUUCUUUUUAGCAAACAAUUCACAAACAAGCAGUAUAACCGAGGUGAUGUGACAAUAUAAGUUCAAUCCAAAGGAUAGCUCAUUUUCUUUCUCCCUUCAGGUUUAUGAAGCAUUAAUAAAUAUUAUGAACAGUUUGGGGUGCAAAAGCUAAUGAGUCUACCGAGCAUGCCCACUGUUUGUAUUGAUAGUGUAUAGGGUAUUAAUAUAAGCUGGUAAUGUUUAGUAAAUUUAAAGGAAACAGUCAUAUAUUUGAGAGUGUUGCACAUAAAACAUAUUUCUUUUAUGAAAGACUAAUUUAAUUGAUAUAAGAUCCACAGACUUUUUGUGUAUUGAUAUGUAUCAGGUUUUCUCUGGCCAAAAAUAUUGAAGUCACACUUCUAUCUUUUCGAUUUUAUGUUUUUAUUUUUCCAGUUCAACUCAUUUUACUCCAGUGGUCUUUUAAUGCUCUUGUUUUGUAUUUUUUUCCAUCCUGUUUGGCAAUUUGUUGGAUGGAAAUUUACAGUAAAUGGUUAUUUUCAUGCAUUUUAGUCAAGCUCCCUGAUGUAUGUAAGAUAUUAGAAAUUUUCUUCUCUCAAAACAUUUUUUUUUAAAAAGACGAGAUGCAGUUGUAGUUGUAGAUUUAUACAAAAGUAACUUUUUGAGACUGCAUUAUUUAAAAGGGUCAAUAACAAGUGUCUUCUUUGUUGUUGCUGUUUGUUUUUUAGUUUUGUUUUUACUUGUACCAACCAGCCGUCUAAAAGAGCAAUGUGCAGUAAAAGACUGAGAUUGAUUUUCAUGUAAGAAUUAUUACACGACCUUUAAGAAGAUAUGGAGAUUGAUUAUAGAGACCAGAGUUUGUAGUACAUUCACAACAUAUGGUUAAAUUAAACUCUUGUUGUUAUUUUGUACAUGUCUGAAUUCCGUUUUGUAAUUCAAUCAACCUUUUUGUGUAUUUGUCAUACAUAAUGCACCCUAAUUUCAUAAAGCACCUAAACUUUGACCAGUACGAGGUUCCGUCACGUGAAGGGAUGUUUUAGAUCAGGUUUUGAUCAUUUGUAUUUUGGAAAGAAUAUGCAUAAUCAUUCCUAAAAAUGUCUGGGAUUGCUUUAUCAAAUCAUUCCCACAAUAAUAUAAUUGUGAUAUCUGUGACAAUUAUUACUUUGUAUGAUGUUCCUCCUGUGGCACACUAGAUAACUGGUUAGCACGAAGCCCCACAAUUGUGCGAUCAAGAAUUCAAUCCUGGAUGCCUGUCUUCCUGCAUAGAGUUUGCAUGGUCCUCCUGUGCCGGCAAAGGUUUUCUCCAGGUCAUCUGGACUGUUUGUGUGAAACGUUGUUUGUCCAUUAUUGCUGGCAAUCAGUUCAGGAUGUACUCCGACUUCUGCACAUAGUCAUCUAAGACAGGGGUGUCACAUGUACGGCACACAGGCUUGAAGCGGCCUGGCAAAGUGCCCAAUCCGGCCAGUCGGAUUGUUCUCCUUGACAGGCACGUUGUAGAUCAUACUGUGCAUACAAAAUCACCUGCAUUUAUUUUGGCAUUGGUGCGGUAAACUGUAGAUUUGUGUGAUAGAGAGUGUGCAAUAUUUCACUUGGCUCACUUUCAUAUCCGCAGUUACAUUUGUUCAUUAGCCCCCUUCCAGUCAAAAUGAAUUGGAUGUCUAUCACCGUCAGUAGCGGCGAAUGAGUUAACGACAAAGUGACCCAAAAACACUACAAAACUAGGAGGAAAUGAGACCAAAGCAACAGGAAGCAACCUGUAAAUAACCUAAAAUCAACAAGAAAUUAUCCAAAAUUCACAGGAAGUGAUCUGUAAGUAUCUCAAAAUUACAUGGAAGUGACGCAAAACGAACUCAUUUCCUGUCAUUGACAACAAUAGACGUCCAGUUCACUUAUACCGGAAGGAUUGGCUGUGAAUGCUCAUCUUCCAGUGUCAUUGACAGCGCUCGACAUCAAAUCCAUUUUGACUAGGAGAGGGGGAAUGAACAUGUUCCCAGUCAAAAUGGAUUGGACGUGGAAUGGCAGCCAGGGAGUUAACUUAAUUGGCCAAAAAUAAAUUUGUCCUAAUUCAAUUCAAUUCAAUAAACUUUAUUUAUCCCUUGGGAGAGUUCCCUCUUGCCAUAAAUGUGGCAAGUGAACCAAAAUGAGUCUAACUACCUUAAUCUAGCAUAGCCUCAAGCGCAUUCUUAAGGGUGGGCAUUGUUGGAAAAUGCAAGAAUGAAUGAUGUCACUGAAAAAUAGCAACAUUAUAUGGAGUUAGACAUCGUGACGAUUUAAUGCUAGUAUUGUCAAUUAUUAGGGGUGUAACAGUACACAAAAAUCUCGGUUCGGUACGUACCUCGGUUUUGAGGUCACGUUUCGGUCCAUUUUUGGUACAGUAAGAAAACAAAAUCAAAAUAUAAAUGUGCUAGUUGUUUAUUACACACUUUUGUGCUUUCAACAAUAGGAACAUUAGCCUAUACAAAGCUAGAAUUCUGCUCAAAAAGUAGCGGGUAUUUAAAGAUAAUUUAACAACAAUUUGCCUUUCAGACCCCGCGUAUUGGUCAGCUUUCUUUCUGAAAGAAGGAAGAAAAAAGAAGUCCUGUGCUAAAGAGAAAAGCAAUCCCAAUGACAAAGAUUUUAACAUGUAUUUUACAAAUGAAAUGCCUCAAUGAAUCUUUUUUUUUUCUUAUGAACGGUUUUCAAAAGCUUUAUUGGUGGAUUUUCUCAAGUUAAAGCGCCACACAGAAAUUAAUAAAUUUGAUUGUUUAAGCAGGAUCUGUGUAUUAUUCUUAUUAUUUAAUUACAGGUGUUUUAGGUCAUUUCAAUUUAUUUUAUUUAAAUGGGCUAUUAUUUAAUUUAUUAUGUGUUUAUAUUUUACAAAUGUGAUGUAGUAUUCAUUUAUAUUGUAUAUUUUAUGUUGUAUAACGUUAGUUCCUAUAUGAAUAUUAGUUCCUACUUGUUUUGUUGUGGUAGGAGGGAUUUGUAAUGAACACGGGGCCGUGUUGGUUAUUAUUAUAGCAGAGAAGACAGCAGUAAAUCAACAAAGACAAGUCAACUGUGCCCCGAUCUACCACUCAAGAGAUCUGAUGGACUCAAAAAGUUGGUUACGAUUGCAUAUUAGUUUGAAAAUCGACCGGAUCCCCGUAUUUUUACACGAGUGACUUCUGGUCUGCCCGAUCCUAGCUACCGGUAGUAGUAUUGACGCAGGAGGGUCGCGUCUCGCGUCAAAUACCGUAAUAAACUCUGCCGUAUUUUUUCGUGUGCGCCAUGUUGAGCCGCUUCUGGGACAUGUCUAACACACGGCCCCACUGGUGUGCAUUGGCUGAUUGACUUUAACGCCCGCGUUCUCGCGGCGGCCACGUUGUCGCACCGUUGACGUUUCUGGGUUAUACUGUCGUACCGUGUUGGUCCUCAUUAUAGUAGAGAAGACGGCGUAAAUACCGUGUUGCACCGAUACCAUUUUUUGGC